AUUGUUUCAGUAAAGGAAAAAAUGUGAUUUUUCCGCAUUUUAUAUAUUUACAGAGUUCUUUGAGCAUUUGUUAAUUGAAAUAAUUGUUGCAAUGGAAGCUGUAAAGGUCAAGACCAAACAUAAAAAGUCCAAACAAAAAUGUACAGUAAAUUUAGGAGAAACUGCUCCUCUUUGUGAACAGGAAGAGGUGGGUGUUGGGUGCAUUGUAAAAACAGAAGAUGAAGUAAAACCCAAGAGUCACUUUGAGUAUGAUGAUAAAAAUUCAUCAGCUGAAGAAACGGAAAGGCUGCUUCACUGUCAAUCCCCAGAUGUGGAGUCUGUUAAGACAGUUGCACUUUUGAACAAGCUCGAUUUAAAUGAGAAGGACUCCGGUAGUACUGAAUUAGAGGAAAUUGUUGCAAAUGUUGUACCAACAGUACCCGAAUUGGCCUCGACACACUUCCAAAAUCUUAUAUCAAAUCCGCUAAAUGAAAUUGACGAACGUCUUGAAGCGGAAUUAACAGCUAAAGAUGAUAUCGACACUGACAUACAAUUUCCUUACAGUGAUAUUGAAGAUGAAUUUGCAGAUAUGUCCAACAUCCUGUCACAGACUCAGGAACUGCCUUCUUUCACAGAGGCGCAACUGCUCUCUUUAUACAUAAACAAUGAAGUGGGAAGGUGCAAUAACUACAUUGAAAGUUUCAUAGAUGGUGAAUUAAGGGGUGGUAUUGCCCUGCGACACCCCCUUUACGACCUUCUCGCCAAUUAUGUCAAGUUCAGAGAGAAACAGUUUUCAAAUUCUAAAGAAGUUGAAACUUUAAUUCAAGAUAGCAAAAACAUACAGCAGCAAUUGUGGAUUCUAAACAUCACAAAAAUAACUGAAUCUGGAGAGUGCCAAGAUGGAAAUCCAGUUGAAGCAAGUCAUGAAUAUCAAAUUGGAUCUUUUAACACUGAUGUCCUCGCAAAGUUAGUAACAAACCUGGCAACGAUUAGGGAAAAAGUUCAUGAACAACAUGCAUUAUUUACUUAUAGUGUGCAAAUUACAAAAUUAGAAAUAGACAGUUACGUGCAGAAGAUAGCUCAGAAAUUUCCUAACAUUCAGUCAAACUACCCUGUCUCUUUAAUGGAGGAAAACUAUGGAAAAAGCAAUGAACUGUGUCAGGCGAUAUCUGUCCUGUUUCAUUUUCAGAGGCAACACCACAAAGACCAAGGUUUUAUUCAAGAGGCAAGGCAGUGGUUGAGUAACUUGAUCAGCAUCCUGCUCAGGGUAGCUUCCUGGCAUGAUCAUGUUUUCAUUAUUAGUCAUGUUUUGAGGUGUCCAGGAGGUAUGUCAAAGUGGGCAGUUCCUUUUAUUCAAAUACCCCAACCUCCUCCGAAGUGCAUCAACCCACUUGCCUACUUGAACCACAUGAUUGCAAUAAUUUCCAUCAUCGUAUCUCCAAUUAAGGAUAGAGAAUUGUUUCUGUCUCAGCUUGAAAAGUUAAACUCUAAUAUCAAAAGUGAGGAUGUAUGGGUCAUCGUUGACUCGGAGGGUGAGGAGGAAGAAGAAAAUGCGAACAAUUCUCAGGCAAAUUUAAAAGAAAAUGACAUUAUUUCUAUUUUUAAUCAAAUUCCAUUGGACAGUUUAUUUAGACAGACAUUCCUUAUAAUAACAAAUGACAACAAUGAUGUAUUUGCACAAAUAAGUAGCAGCCAUUUAUUAAAGAUAUUUGCAAUAAGCAGAUACUUGAUUAAAAUUUUGGAGCAGGGUAUAAUCACGUACCACUCCAUCAGGUACCAACAAUUUGCAAAAAGACUAGCCAGCAUCAUUUUGCAUAUAGCCCAGUAUACCACUGAUGCCUGGGAAAUUCAUAAGUUCGAAGGUGGUGAGAACAGGGAUGAGAGUUUUAUGGACAGGCUACAGGCCGAAUACGACAACAUAAUUAUAUGCGCAUGUUCUGCGUUUCAAGCGACAGCGCAAAAAUCUGUUCUUCAGUUUCUCAUUUCGCUUCCGUUUGGACUUGUUUCGAUGCACACUCUGUGGAAGCUUUUUCACAUGGUGAUGCAUACGGAUGCCGGAGGAAAACUUUGCAAAAACUAUGCAGAGUGGUCGGCAAGCUGGGAAGAAAAGGUUGUUCACUUUUCCGAUGCCGAGUUAUAUUAUAUUCUCACAUCAGUUUCCAAUAUGGCAUUAUCUAGGAUGUUCGCAGACUGGGUUUUUAUAAAAAUGGUUACCGUAUCCCUCUUGCAAAUUGGGUUCGUCAAUAUUUCAACCAGGGACACUUGUUAUAAAACUUGCAGAUCACUUUUGUCCAACAUGGCUACAAAAUAUCCUUCUUUAAUUACAGUCGUUUUAAAGAAGCUUAGAGUCCUAUUACCUCAAACUGGAAAUCUUAGCCUUUACAUAUUUAAAGACCUCCCAUUGUAUUCCUGGAGGCCGACAGAAGAUGAUUUAAGCCUGCUUGAACAUUGGUUACUUGCGUGCCCUUUGAAUUCCAUCGAGGCGUCCUUAGCAAGAUUCAUUCUGUAUUACAUGAACUGGGGCUUAAAUCCGAACAAUUCUCAUGAGCUCUUUCUUCCUCGAGAAUUCCAUUGCCAAGUGGCACUGUUUGUUGUCAGGUUGUCUAUAAUCCACUGUCCUGAAACUCCAACUUCAGCCCAUUCUACAGUCAUCGCCGACACUAUUAAACAGUUGACUUUUUCAUCGGAUCGUUCUAUCACGGAACAAAGUCUGGGUAUUUGGGUUUGGUCCCUGCUUUUCAAACUCAGAUUGCAUUUAAUGGAUCAACCAGAUGCAUCCAUUGAUUCUGUAAUGAAUCCCUUGCAGAAUGUUUUCACACUUCCUUCGUUGGAAUCACUUCCGAAUGAACUCUCUCCUCUUACGAGAUCCGUUAAAGAAAAAGAAGUAACAGCAAUAUUUGUGUCACUGGUUAUGACAAUGACUGGCCAUAAUUUGACACUAAUUGAACAGAAUGGAUUCAAAAUGAUGAAUGUUUUAAUCCAAUGCCAUCGUUACCUAGCAGUGUUGGUCCUUCUUGAGCACAUCACACCUUUAUUUUUAGGAUCUCAAGAUAACCUUCAUCAAUCUGAAAAUUUUCACGAGAUAAUAAAAGGCCUUCUGACAGCUGACAAAACAUUCGUAAAAUACACUUUAGGUCUCAUUUCAUCAAGUUUUCCUGGCAUAAUACUCAAACAAUUUGGUUUUAUGAUACAAUCUCAAAUUGAGAAUUACCGAAAGAAAUAUAAAUUCCAAUCACCUAGCCCUUUUAUCGAACUUUGGCUGCGGGCAUUGACAAACGUUUGGAUACUGAAUCCCUCUGCUACAACAUACCUUAUGGACAUUGUGUUGAGGGCAGCCUUUUUCCAGACACAAACAAGAGAAAUUGCAAGUGAUAUACUCAUUGAACUACUCCAGCAAAUCAUAGAGGCCUGCCAGAAAGAGGCACAUUUACAUGCUUCAAAGCAGAAGUUUUCUCUGCUUAAUUGGGUCUCUGGCAACAGCAAUGUGACGUCUCUUUUAAAUAAGCCAACACCCGAAACCCCUUGGUUCUCGUUGUUCGCCAUAGAAAUUGAAGAGAAAGUACUCUUCUCGAUGACAAAUCUUUGGACAGAGCUUUUAAUCGACCUAUCAUGCUGGUCAGGCAAAACAACCAUUGAUGCGUCUCUCAAGAGAUGCUGUGCAAGUUUAAAACUGUCUUAUGUACCGUGCAGUACUCUUCCCAUUUAUAGAUGGUCGCAACAAGUCCUGGAAACUCCUGUUGACCAUCCUGUCAUGCCAGUACUGUGGCAAAAGUUUUUUUUCCUCUUCCUGUCAAGGAUGCCGACAACGAGCAGGAAAGAUUUAGGAUCUGUGGGCUUGAAGUUCUUCGAAGGUUCAACAAAUCAGGCCUUGUUGAAAAAGUUGAAAAAAAAGCUGAACGACUGUCAGAGUUUUUUUGAAGCCAAAUGCAACAACCCAACAGAUAUAGUAUCAGAUGAAAAGAAAAACUGGUACAACAAUAUGGCAAAGCUGUAUACAUCAUUCUCAUUAUGGCUGGAUUCUCCAGGACUUCAUGAACCCUCUGUGUUCAUAGCUUCUUUACCUCCGAUGUACAAUAUUAAAAAACUAUCAACUAUUUUCCAGGGGGACAAAUCUUUUUGGUACGAAUACAUUGAUUACGAAGGCGUAAGGGCCAACCAAAGGCAAAGCGUCCUCAACUGGGAACAGUGCACAUACCGGCACCUCAAUUUGAGCUGUAACCCCUUACACUCCCCAGUGGAACCCGAUCCUUUAACAAGAACAGUCAAAAGAUUGCAAAAGUAUGAAUCUCCCUUGCCACCACCUGCAGUUGUAAAUAUCCAAGUUGCCAUGCCUGAAACUUACAUUGAAUCACUUUUUAAUAAAUCACAGCUCUUGGAAAUGUUGAAAGAGCCUUUUAAAUCACUUUCAAGUUUUGCACAGGUCCAUAAAGUUCGCUCAGGUGAGCAUUCAAGCAUUGAUUAUUGUUUAAUCGAGCUUGUUCCGCUUCUUUAUGAUACUGUUGAAACUAACGUGACUCUGCAUGCUGCCUGUGACACGCACAACCCCGGAAUGCAAGUGACCAAUAUGCACUCUCUCAACUGUGCUGGUCCGGCUGUGAUUAGAAUUAAAGUUCCGGAAGUGAGGGUGAACCAACCUGUUGACCUCGCCAUUCACAACAAUAGGGUCGAGGCUCAUAACUUGAUUAAACGUAGUAUGCACCCGUCACCAUUCAAUGUGGUCAUAAGUAGCCUGCAAAUUCAACAAGCUGUCAGGGCACUAGAAGAAAAAUGUAUUGAGCUAAGAAAAAUUGGAGAUGUACAUUUAUUAGAGAGGAUUCAUGAUACAGGUGUUAGCCUGUUUUACCAAUUGACUUAUUUAUAUACAGAAGAAGCCAUUGCUCAUCCACCAAUGAAGCAACUAAUCACGACAUGCAUCGAAAUCCUUGGCAGAUGUUUUGUGAGUGUUGAUGAGUCACAAGGACCCCUACUUCUCAGUAGGGUUUUGGAAACACCAUCGCUGACAUCAUUACUGUCCACUCAUUUUUCACCUACAACCUCUUCGCCCCAAAUUUAUAUUCAACUUUAUCGUACCUUGCUCAAUGCGAUUUCUGCAUCAAAUUAUGAUCUUACAUUUGUCUUUCUGACAAAGUUUGAUAUAGGUCUUUGGAUAGAAACACAAAAACCAAGAUCUUCUGACAGAUCUGUUUUAAUCGAUCUAGUUGGUCAGGCUUUAGCAUCUGCUGGACAAACUCCACAUCAAGAGUUUAUAAUGAUUCAUGAGGUUCUUCGACGGCAAUUUUGUCUGUUGAUGAUGGUCGAAGCACCUCAGCACUUCACACAUUCUUUGUCUGUAGCCUUGAAGUAUUCAGAGUCUCACAGUCUUGCAAUUGAAGUUUGGUACGACAUAGUUAACGCAAUAGUAUGGCAGACUGGAGUUCAGUUCAGACCUCAUUCUACCUUGGCGCAAGUGGUUGGAAAUAUGGCAAAGUUUGCAGUUGAUCAAACAGUCAUCACCUUGCAUGAGGCAAUAGAAAUAUCAAAUUUAAUAAGUGACUAUUUCCAAUCGGAACGACUCCAAUAUGGUCUUUACGGUCUGUAUCCCAAGUACAGGGUGUACAUAUCUCCUCUUACAACUGUUCUCGGUACCAUCAGCCAUGCCCUUAUUAUUCUCACUAUAAAGAAAAACGGAAUAGGAAACAAUUUCAAAGUUGGAACGGAUAUAUGGCAACACUUUAUUAAUAUGUAUUCUCCUUGGAUAUGCCCUUACUAUACAAAAAACAUGACACAGCCGACAGCAACUUGGAUACAGCAACUAACAGAUGAUCGUUCUAUUUUGCUCCCCUGGAUCAGCACAGAUUCAGGCCAUGCUCAUAAGGUCUUAGCCAUCUUUACCGAAUCUAUACGUUUCUUUUUAGAUUCAGUUCAAGGAACAAACGAUAUGUUCAGUCAGCUCUGGCAGUAUUACGUCAACUUUUAUGCCAAUCCCUCAGUACCUGAACACGUUCUCAGCGUUGUUAAUGACAACUUACUGUCCUUGCCUUGGAAUAAGUUCUUUCCUUCUUUGUUGGACCUGGAACUGAUGCUCAAAGUUUCAGAUACCUACGUACCUUUUUGUCACACUCUGCUUGGUGCAAUUUUUAUCGAGAUACCCUGGCUUUCAUGGCUUGACACGAUGACCAGUUGGAACGAGCAGAAUUCAACUAAAAUUUUAUCAUCCUUCCUUCAUCUCAUUAUAAAACUUUCAAAUGAACCUAAUGUCAGACAAUCAGGCAAGAUUCUAGAUUUGUUACGGACAAGCAAGUCUUUUCACUGGGAGCAUGUGGAUUUCCCUAGUUAUGAAUCUGUUGUUAAUUGGUUUGUGAUGAGCUACGAUCCAAGGGUGAUUCUCAAUCUCGAGGAAGAAGGAAACCAGAUCGACCAUGCAGUCAUGGAAUUGCUCAGGUACGCAGCUGGCUUUGUGCACGGUGAAUCAUGUUACCACAGCUCUACACCUAGCAAACGGCAGGUUUAUGUCAGGGGAUGUAUGAAGAUGAUAGUUUCCUGCUUAAGUAAAUACAAGUCAUUAGUAAUGUCUAACCAGGGAAAAGUACAAGGAGCUAUCGAAGAUAUAUUGAUCAUUAUUAACACCGUUGUGCCACAGUCUGGAGGCAAUCAUGCCGAAGCCGGACUUCACAUCGGUGAAGUUUUAACACUUGUGAACUUAAGUAGUGGGCCGCUACCAAAGCUCUCGUCUGACACAAUAGUCUCAUGGGUGUCAAAAAGAGGUGACUGCAUCGUAUCAUCAGCGUUACUGCGGACCCUCGGUACCACCCUCGAGCCCGCAGCUCCACUUGGGGAAAUAUUAGAAUCAGUCCUUGAAGCUGCAUUCAAUGAUAGAAGUGGAGGAGGGUGGAACGCCAUGAUCUCAUAUUUUCAGGAGCCUGUGCCGCGUAGACCUUCGCCAGAAGAGGCUUUCUCGUCCUCAGGACACCUUCUUUCACUCUAUUUGCUUUUGAAUAAACAGCUAGCUACCAUAUUUGAUCUUGAAGGAGAAGCGGUAAUUUUCAGCGGACUUGUAAUGAGUCUUGCAUCAUUAAAAGAAAAUCCUGAUUUGGAGACAAAAAUUGUGCCCCUAUUUCAUCUGUGCCUUGUGAUGGCGUCGAGGUUGGCUGAUGAAAAGCCGCAGCUUGUAGAAAAACACCUUAAAACUCUAGUCCGCACAGCUGAUAACUGGGCCGAGUACAAGCCAUCAUGGGGUUUUCUAGGAGCCAUCGGAAUCAAGAAACAACCAUUAUUAUCAAACAAGUGCAAGCUGCUAUGCAGUAUAUUUUCUACUUUGGUAUUGUGCCAAUUGCCAGAGCGAAAGGGCGAGCUGCCCACCGACCAGUUACCAUAUAUCCGAACUACGCCACACUCGCCUGGUGGCUUGACUUCAAACAACAUGGAGUUGGGCCUGAGCAACGAAGCUAUAAAAACAAUGGCCACGCUCACAAACAUGCAGAAGGACAAAAUCUACUUCGACAUGCAGCACAUAAUUGACAUUUCAAUAACGUUUAUAAGAAAAACGGACAACUCUUUGCAUAACGCCCACCAACUUUAUCUGCGGGUGGCUAAGUUGCUCUACAAUGAAGUCAGAUUUAUCCAAAGCAUUACUCUUGGUACUUAAACUAAGACAACCUUGUAAAUAUUUUACCAAGACAUUUUUAUAGACUGUAUGUUUUUUUUUUUUUUAACUUUUGUGGGGGUAAUCUUAUCUUAAACCUUUCUGGGAUUUGAGGACUUAUUUUAAUGGACUUGAGACUGGAGUGCAUCAUGACAAAUUUAUGAUUGCCAUUGCUGAGAAUAUUAUCAGCAAUUAUACCUGGUGCAAUUACCUAUUUUAGAGACCUUAUGCUUUCAACUGUGGCCUUAACUCUUAAGAUUCUCCUUGGGGUGAAACUUUUUGAAUAAGCAGUUAUCAAAUCCAAAGUAUAAAAUAUUAUCACUUUAAUACUAAAAUAUAAUUUUUAAUUGUAAUAACCAGAUUUUAUUAUAAGACACUUUCCAGAUCAGAACACUGCUGUUAUGAACCUGACAGUUUUAAUUUAGGCUAUUUCAGAAUUUUGCAUGUUAAAACUUCCUCAUUUUUGCUUGUUGCAUUUGGUAUGCAGUUGUAAAAUGAAUAAAAGAGAAAAAAAAAUUUUAAACCUGUUUUUUAUUUUUGUGAAACAGCUCUAACAAAUUUUUAGCUUAAAAAAGGGAGAGUUUAUAUAAAAGAACAACUAUAAACAAUUGUUUUGGCUUGUGAUAUUUUAUCUGUUUAUUUUAAAAAAAUUAGCAUAUUUAGUAGAAGACUUAGCAGUUAAUGUUAAACUACUUACUGUGUUAGUGUCAACAUUAGCUGUAAAUAUUUUAUUACAGUCCCAUGUAUGGUAAACAUUUUUACCUACUUUCAAUGAUACCUUGUUUUAAUUAAUUAGUUUAUUUUUUAUAAUUGUUUACUGUACCCAUCAGUUCUAGUCAGGCGAUUUUUAUAUUCUAACUAUUGUGAUAAUAUUUAUAGUUUAUGAUUUUUUUUAAUGAUUAAGAACUGUUUCUGUUUUUAUUUUUGUUUUGUUUUUGUACCAUUACCAAUAUUUACAGUACUGGUUGAAAUAUAAAACAAGGACAAUUAUGCUGUAUUUUUUUAAAUUAAAUAUUAGUAUUUUUUUUUCAUGAUUAUCUAAGAAUUGUUUCUGUUUUUAUUUUUAUGUUGUAAAAUAAAUAUAUUGCAGUUGUGAUGUGGACAUUUUGCUUUUGUACCAUUACCAAUAUUUACAGUACUGGUUGAAGUAUAAAACAAGUAGAAUUGUACAAUAUUAUUUUAAUUAAAUAUUAGUUUUUACAAAUAAUUAAAUUUAUUCAAAUACUAUAAAAUUGUAUUGUUUUAUUGAGAUUUUGUGGUUAUAAAUGGAAAGCUUGAAAAGU